UUUUCCAAUUGAUAAAUUCUCUAAUGCGACAAUCUGCUCUGGUGGUGGGCUGCAUGAAUUUAGUCGUAUUACGACAGCGACACCGUGCAGUAGUAAGUGAUCGCGUUGUUCUUAACUUAAACCAACCGAAUAGAGAUCGCUGUGUCCGGUGUUUGUACAUUCGCGAGAGGGAUUACCGUGAAGCAAUCAUCAUCACCACAUACGAUCAAUGAAUGAUCGAAUAUGUUUCAUGUAUUCUUGCGAAUAUUGUUUGUGUAAUAAGAAACUGUUACUGAUUAUUCAUUUACCUUUCGUGUGCAGUGGUGUAAACUUAUUGCGUAAAGGAUAGAGCAAGUGUUGAGAUCGUCGCAUGGUUUGUGAAAGUGUAAACGAAAAAGAAGGGAGAGAUUCAGUUAAUCCACAUAUCGCGCGCAUCAACCUGCACUUACUUACUACUAAAGGAUCCUGAAGAAAAACUAAAAAGAAAAUUUCUUUCCAGAAUGAGGAACCUACAGCCUCCGAAAGGUAGCGAAAAAGUUGCUGAUGAGUUGAAGAUGAAAGAAAAGAAAAGUCCGUCCUCAUUGCGGGAAAAGUAUCUGUACUUUAAACGCAACAUAACCGUCGAACCGAUGCUGGCCUGCUACAUCAUGCCGAGCGUUUUGGCUGGAUUGGCGACGCAGAACCUCAACCUGGAGAAAGCUUGUCGGGUGAAUCUCGGCUACGGAGACGUAAUCUGCGAUGCAUUGACCCGACGUGACACAGCAAACUACACGCACGAGGAAGAGAUGGUGCAGCAUCUGGUGGCACGAAUGGCGGGCUGGAAGACGGUGCUGCAGAGCGCAUUGCCCUGCAUGUUGAUACUGUUUUGGGGUUCAUGGAGCGAUCGCCAUGGUCGGCGGAAGCCGUGCAUGUUGAUACCGAUCAUUGGUGAGUUUAUGACGGCGAUCGGGUUGAUUCUGUGCACGUACUUCAAGUCUGUUCCGAUGGAGGUGGCCGGUAUAACGGAAGCUCUGUUCCCUGCCCUAACGGGCGGCUGGUUUACGAUGUUCAUGGGCGUCUUCAGCUACAUUGCUGACGUGACCACGACCGAGGAGCGCACGCUGCGUAUUGGAAUAGUGAACUUGUGCUUUUCGUUGGGCGUCCCUAUUGGAAUGGCCUUCAGCGGAAUCCUUUUGAAACAAAUUGGGUUCUACGGAGUGUUUUCCAUAUCGGCCUCACUCUACCUGGUAGCGUUCUUCUACGGCGUGUUCGUGGUAAAAGAGGUGGACAUACUGAACGAGAAGCAGCGGCUGCGGGCCCAGGAGAAGGGACUGCUGGCCGAUUUCUUUGAUCGGGAGCACGUGAUGGAAACAUUCCGGGUAGCAUUUAAAAUUGGCGAACGGCAGCGCCGUCUCCGUGUGAUCAUGCUGAUGAUAGUGGUCAUGGUCGUGAUUGGGCCCCUGCACGGAGAGAUGGCGGUAAUUUAUCUAUUCACACGCUACCGGUUCAACUGGAGUGAGGUCGAGUUUAGCUUCUUCUCUACGUACGGCAUGCUGACCGGGCUGAUUGGGACGUUAUUUUCUGUAGGUGUUUUUUCCCAUUUGCUCAAAAUAGACGACGCACUGAUAGGCGUUAUGUCAUGCAUGUCAAAGAUACUAUCUAGCUUCGUGUAUGCAUUCGCUGUUACCACCUGGCAGCUGUAUCUGGGCCCCAUUGUUGAAAUGCUUAACGGCACGUCCUUCAUUUCAAUGCGUUCGAUCGCUUCUAAACUCGUCGCCAGCGAUGAACUGGGCAAAGUGAAUUCAUUGUUCGGUGUGGCCGAAGCGUUGAUGCCGCUAGUGUACGCGCCCCUCUACACGACAGUCUACACACUGUCGAUAAAUGUUCUGCCGGGAGCAUUUUUCUUGCUAGGUGGCGCUCUCACCUCGCCGGCAGUAGUGAUUUUCCUCUGGAUGUAUCGCGUGCAUAGGCGUGAAGCUCGUGAGCUUGCCGAGGAGAAACGCAUCGAGGAUAAGUAUCGGCAACUGGGCGAUAGUGGCGAAAGCAACGGGUGCCGCACGAUCGUGACGGAGCAAGCGGAUCGCAGGCAAAAAAUACCAGACUAUGGCACGGGGAUCGCUAAUGCUGCCUUUGAGGAGGAGAAUAUCGGAGCAGGAAAGGUCCCAACGGCGACAGUCGACCAAUCGAAGCUGUGAUAUUCCAUCGAUACAAAACGAAACAGAUGUAGAUGUAGAUAGUAUGUGUGUAAAUACAAUCAAAGAGUAAUGUACUAAAAACGCUGCCGCUGUAGUAA